ACUAGGCCCAUGCAGUGUUGUCAUUCAUCACAGCCGCCAAUGCACGGCGGAGCUGAUCUCCCAAGCCCCACCACCACCACCACCACCAACCCAACAUUACAUAGAUGAAGACGUUAUGCAAUGCCCUCUCUCUCUCCCCCAGCUCUCAGGCUCACCCAAGAAACGUUUCGCACGAGACCCAGCAAGAAACGCCCACUCCCCAAGCGUCCCUGCAUUGUCCAGUCCAUCUUCAACCUCGCAUCCCAAGGUCACCUCUCCCAGGCCAUCUCUUCCCUCGACCUCUUAGCCCGCAAAGGCCUCCGCUUGCCCUCUAACUCUCUCGUCUAUCUCUUGCAACAGUGCGCGAACUCCCGCUCUCUUAGACAGACCAAAUUGGUUCACCUCCAUUUGAAGCUCACGGGGCUGAAGCACCUCACAACGUUUUUGUCGAACCAGUUGAUCGCUGCGUAUUUCCAAUGCGGCGACGAAGUUGAGGCACGCAAUGUGUUUGAUAAAAUGUCUGCGAGGAACCUGUACUCGUGGAAUAAUAUGCUUUCUGGGUAUGCGAAAAUGAGGAUGAUUAAGCCUGCUAAGAAGUUGUUUGAUAAAAUGCCGGAGAAGGAUGUUGUGUCGUGGAACACUAUGGUGAUUGCUUAUGCAAGGAGUGGGUUUUGUGAUGAGGCUUUGAGGUUUUAUAGGGAGCUGCGGAGACUGUCAAUUGGGUAUAACGAAUUCAGUUUUGCGGGUGUUUUGACAGUUUGCGUGAAUUUGAAGGAAUUGAAGCUUACUAGGCAGGUUCAUGGGCAGGUUUUGGUUGUUGGAUUUUUGGGGAAUGUGGUGAUUUCGAGUUCAGUUCUUGAUGCUUAUGCGAAGUGUGGGGAGAUAGGAGAUGCGAGGAGAAUAUUUGAUGACAUGAAUGUAAGGGAUGUCCUUGCUUGGACCACCCUCGUUUCGGGAUAUGCUAAAUGGGGGGAUAUGAAAUCAGCUAGCGAAUUGUUUGAUCAGAUGCCUGAGAAAAACGCUGUAUCAUGGACAGCUUUGAUUGCUGGCUAUGCAAGAAAUGGUCUGGGGCAUGAAGCACUUGAGUUGUUCACAAAAAUGAUGAUGCUUCGAGUUAUACCUGAUCAAUUUACAUUUAGUAGUUGUCUAUGUGCUUGUGCAAGUAUAGCUUCGCUUAAGCACGGCAGACAGUUACAUGCCUUUUUGAUACGAACAAAUUUUAGACCCAAUACCAUAGUUGUGAGCUCUCUCAUUGACAUGUAUUCAAAAUGUGGGAGAUUGGAAUUUGGCAAGCGGGUUUUCAAUCUUAUGGGUGAUAAGCGAGAUGUUGUGUUGUGGAACACAAUGAUAUCUGCCUUUGCUCAGCAUGGUCAUGGUGCAGAAGCAAUGAAGAUGUUUGAUGAAUUGGAAAGUUCGGGAGUGAAGCUAGACAGGACCACCUUUGUCGUCGUUCUCAAUGCAUGUAGUCAUUCGGGUUUUGUGCCGGAAGGGCUUAAGUUUUUCACUUCAAUGACUCGUGAUCAUGGCAUUGUUCCCGAUCAAGAGCAUUAUGCGUGCUUAAUUGAUAUCUUGGGUCGAGCUGGAUGCUUUGAGGAGCUGAUGGAACAGCUUGAGAAGAUGCCUUGUAAACCUGGUGAGCGAGUUUUGAAUGCCUUACUUGGUGUUUGCAGAAUUCAUGGAAAUAUAGACUUGGGAAGAAAAGCAGCCGAACAACUUAUAGAGUUGGAGCCUCAAUCUUCUGCUGCCUAUGUUUUACUGUCAAGUAUAUAUGCUGCACUUGGUAGAUGGGAGUCGGUAGAGAAGGUGAGACAGCUUAUGGAUGAGAGGCAAGUUAGGAAAGAGCGUGCCAUCAGUUGGAUAGAAAUUGAAAAUAAAGUGCAUGCUUUCACAGUAUCAGAUAGGUUGCAUCCUUUGAAAGCAGCAAUAAACUCGGUUUUGGAACAUUUAGCUCGACAUAUGGAAGAAGAUCCUUCAUUACAUAAUGCUGAAAGCUUGUUUGAUAAGUAGAAACAGCAGAGUAAUUGACAUCCCACCCUUCGCAAACAAGGUGACUGACCUGAUGUAACAUGCCUGAGCUUAUAUUUUGCAAAACCAGCCUGAGAUAAAGCAGGGUUGGUAUUCGGGCAACCUGUUUAACCGUAAUGCUAUCCACUCAGUGAUACAGCAAUUAGAGACUUGAUAUACUAUUUUUGGUGACUGUUCAUACUGCUGUCAUCCCUCCUCAACUUUAGAGAUCUCAAAGCAGCAAUAUAUGUAUGUUUUAUAACUUUAUGGCUUUCUGAAUUAAUGACAAUUGUAAAUCACUGUGGAUGCAUUUUUAUUGCUGUGUAUUUCAUCAAAUUUCUUUUGGGUGAAUACUGUCAAUACAAUACCCUUCUAGCUCCAAAAUUGUAGGCAGACUUGUUAGUCUGUUAUUAUUGUGAAGAGGUUAUUGAUUCCAUUGAGCGAAUUUCAAAGCAAUAACUGAUGGUGAAAUAUCUUCAGCAUACCUGUUAAAUGAAGUGAUCUAAAACCAAAAUCUGUUGGAGGACUGGGAGUAUCACAUGUCAUAUUUUCCAUAAGUUGAACUUGAUGAAUUGUAUUAUAUCUU